CAACCAUCCUCCUCCGGCUUCAUGUAUCAACAUGCUUCCCUAUGAACUAGACUGAGGCAAAGUGUUUUUUUUGUUUUGUUUUGAUGAAAAAAAAAAAACGAUAUUAAAGAGCAAUGUCGGAGCCGAAGAACAUUUCUCAAAUUAUUUCUCAGAUUUUUCAGGAGGCGCCGGAGGCCAGGAACAAACUGAUUGAGAACCAGAACAACCUGCAGCAAGUUGCAGACUACUGCGAAAACAACUAUCUGCAGGCAGAUGAGCCGAGCAAAGCUCUCGAGGAGGCCAAAGGUUUGGCCACUCAGGCGUUGGCCAGCGUCACCUACCAAAUCAAUAGCGUGGCCUCUUUGCUGCUCCGACUGCUGGAGUCUCAGGCCGAGCAGGUCAAAAGCAUGCAGUCCUCGGUCAACCUCUUGUCCACGGCUGCGUCUAUCCACUAUGAAAAAGUGUCCAGGAGAGAGAUCAGCACCUUCACUACACCCAAAAAUAACACACGGACCAAGCUUGUAACACCGCCCGCUUCGGGCAGGGAGUCGGAGAGAAGCUAUUCACGAACACCGAUAUCAUACUCCAUCCUGGAUGCCACUGGACACAGUUUCCAGGUGUCCCAGGAGCCUCUAAGAAGCAGGACAGGGACCACGGACAGCACGCAGAGCAAUGCAGAAUUCCCAACAUCCAGCCAAGGCAUCGCUGUGCCUCUUCCAUCCGUCCCCACCUUGUCUGCCGACCUCCCUGAUGACCUUCCUCCGCCUCCUCUACCUCAAGCUCCAAUGAAUGCCAGUUCGUCUAUUCCACCUCCACCACCACCACCCCCAGCUUCCUUUACAGACAACAACCUGCCUCCUCCACCUUCCUUGACUUCACCAACAUGUCCACCACCACCACCACCACCUCCUCCGGCACCACCGAACGUCUAUUCACCUAUCUCGCUCCCUCCUCCACCGCCACCUCCACCUGGAGUUGGGGUCAUCCCCCUUCUCUCACCCCCACCUCCACCUCCUAUUACAGGAGGUGCUCCUCUUCCUCCGCCUCCUCCUCCACCUCCUAUUACAGGAGGUGCUCCUCUUCCUCCGCCUCCUCCUCCACCUCCUAUUACAGGAGGUGCUCCUCUUCCUCCUCCACCACCGCCACCCACUGGAUCCUCUGGAAUGGUGCCAUCUCCUCCUCCACCACCACCUCUCCCAAACUGACAUCCAUCCAUUCAUUGUCGUUCGCAUUUGUCAUCUUUAGGUUGGACUUUUGUUUGGCAGGGCUAUCAACUAGUCACCAGCUCAUUGUAGUGCACAUACUAUUUGCACCUACCGUAAUUUUCGGACUAUAAACCGCUACUUUUUUUCCUUCAUUUCGAAUGCUGCGGCUUAUAGGCCAGUGCGGCUUAUUUGUUGAUUUAUUUGGGUUAACAGAUAACACUUUAUUUGACAGCGGCGUCAUAAGACUGUCAUAAUUAUGACAUGACAUUAUCAUGGGCAUUAAUGAAUGCUUAUGACACAUGUCAUUAAGUGUCAUCUGGCAAAUUAUGUCACUAACUCCAUUUAUGUCCAGCUCAGAUCUUUUACAUCCAUUCAAAACUGAGAUAAUUUGCCUGAUAACACUAAAUGACAUCUGUUAUAAGCAUUCAUUAAUGCUCAUGACAGUGUCAUGUCAUAAUUAUGAUUGUCUAAUGAGUCUUUUGGCGCCACUGUCAAAUAAAGUGUUAACAAAUGACAUAACUAGCAAUUAAUUUAAAAAACUGGAACAGUAACUGAAGAAAUAUUUAGCACAGAACAAGAUUGUGAUUGUGAUUUACAUCUGUUGUGCGGCAAUGCAUGAUAGGAAGCAUGUUGGACAACAACAGUGUUGACAGCAGGUGGCAGCAGAGGUUGACUGACUCCCCCAAGGGAGCAGUGUCCAAAUGAAGCUUCUUGAAGCAAUUAAGCUUUGCAGCCACUUGAUUCAGGUGCACCUUAUAGUGCAAAAAUUACGGUAAAUAAAUUAAAAUAUGGUGGAACAUUUCAUUUGAGUACUUUCGGACUACUUUACGGUACAUGAACUCAUUGGUUGACAUUGACGGCAAUAGACGUCGAAUCCAUUUUGACUUGGGGGGCUGAUAGCGAUCGUUUGAUCUAUCGUCACUGGCAUUCUUUAGAGUAACAAUUUAUUUAAGAAUUACAAGAAAAGAAAUUAUUUAUUAAUCUAUGAUUAUAACUGUACUUCUCAAAUUGUGGGGUGCCCCCACCUGCACAACCCCACCACAUAGAAAAAGGAGCUGAUACUGUCUGCAGCAAAAAUAAAAACUGUUCCUCUGUCAAAUGACACUGUCUUUUUUGUUCUAUUAAUGUUUGUUUUUUUUCGGUCAAAUUGUUUGGCAUAGUGUCUUCAUGAGAACUUUUCAUUUUUUUAUUGAUUUUAUUCAAUUUAGUUUUUCAGUGUCAAAUGGUUAAAAAAAUUAACUAGAAUGUAUUUUUACAGUCUGGAUGUUUUUUCUUUUUUUUUUUUAAUGCGCUUUCAGUCUUCUAUUACAAACAAAACAGGGUUAAUGAAGUUAUAGCUUAUUGCAAAUUGAUCUAUAAUUUUUUUUCCCCUUUAAUAUUAAAAAUGCUGAGGUGUACUUAUAAUAAUAAUAAUUUCAUGAAAAAAAUUAUACUAUUUACAGUGGCAGCAGAAAGUUGGUAGGGCACGAAACGUUUACAUCUUCCGGGGGUGCGGGGGCGUAAGAGGAAAAAAAUUGAGAAGCACUGGAUUAUAAGAACAUUAAUUAAUGAUUACAAGAACAUUAUUAAAACUACUGCAAUUUUCGGAUGAUAAGGCGCACCUGAGUAUCAGCCGCCACCCACCGAAUUUGACACGAAAACUGCAUUUGUUCAUAGUAAAGCCGCACCAGACUAUAAGCUGCAGCUGUCUUCCCUGCAUUAUGAAAUAUUUACAACAAAAGAUGUUAACCGGUAACACUUUAUUUGACAGCGGCAUCAUAAGACUCUCAUACGACUACAUGAACCACCAUGAAGCUUCAUUGCUUCAAGCAGCUUCAUUUGGCCAUCACAACUCCCUUGAAGGAGACAGUCAACCUCUGCUGCCAUCUGCUGUUAACACUGUUGUCGUCCAACAUCCAUUGCAGCAAUACAGAUGUAAAUAACAAUUAAAAUUCACGUUAUGUGCUAAUUAUUUCUUCAGUUACUGUUCCAGUUGUUUCAUUAAUUGCUAGUUAUGGUAUUUCGUAACAUUU